AUGAAUUUGAACAACCUUUUGAUUCCUCCUCAUCAUAAUAAUGCUGCACAAUUACUUGCGGCUCAAGUAAGAAACGGUAGAAUUCGAAUAUUAACGGGAAUGGAUUUAUUGAAACAAAACAUAAAAUACGAAGCAAAUCGAUUACAUGUGUAUGGUCGAUAUAUAAUUGAUCUAGCAACAAAUCGUAUAUGGCAUCAUCAUUUAUCAACUUUUCAAAGACAACAAUUUAUAACUUUAGCAAAUAGCUUAAACGGUAUAAACCGAAGACGAGCAUCGCAACUUCGCAUGACAAAUAACGUUGACACUCUUAACAGAAUCUCUCAGAUAACUCUACCGCAAGCGAUAACUAGCACAUUUGAAAACAACUUUUUCAACGGAAUUAAUUUUCCCUAA